AUGUCCUCCCCGCCAAAUUCACCACAUUCACCAAUACGACGCUCAGAACAUCGUUCAGGCUCGACGUCGCCUACGCACCGCCGACCGAGGAGCAACAGUCAUAGAUCAGCUGUCCCGCCAGGAUUCCUUUCUCACAAGCCCAAACAAACACCGAUCUCGGAGAUGUCAGUGUGGGAGCUGCAGAACAAGUUCAGCAGGAAUGCAAAGAUAUUGGCUUCUAGCAAUGCAACAUCAUCCUCAUACGUCCAACGAAUAACCGCUGAACAAGCAGCGAUCCAAGAACAACUGGUAGAAGUCCACGGAAUGGAAGUGAUUAACACCGGACUGAAGAAUACUAGGAUUACAGGCGACGAUGAUUCCGAGUCUAUGAUAGGUAUUGAUGAUGUUGAGAUGAAGCCGGAGCCUGCUCACCCGAUGAAGAACGCGAUAGAUGCGAAGAAGAGGGCGAUAGCUAGAUUUGGCGCCACAGCUGGACCGUCACAUAUAGGGAUGCUCGGAAUGGACGAAGCCAUCGAGAUCGAACAGCGUGCACAUGUUCAUGACCUUCAACGCAAACAAAGAAUCGAAGAGAAGCGCAUGCAUCAUGGCUAUCCCAUGCAGAACGAAGUUAUGUCAAGAGAAGAGAGGGAGGCGAGAAUAUGGGCGUUCAUGAACUACAAACCCUCUGAAUCCGAUCUCGAAGACGUCGAAGACGACGACGACGACGACGACCCCGCUGGAUGGUUCGAAGACGACCAAGACGAUGGCCGGAAAGGUCAGAAUAUCGUCGAGCCGGACGAAGAAGAUCCGGAGAGUUUGCAUAAUAUUAUACGUGUUAUGGAUCCAAAUCAAAUGCAUUAUAAUACAUUUUAUGAGCCAAGGGACGAUGGGGAUUGA